AUGGCCAAGGAGAAGCUCGGCUUCAAGAUCCAGGGGAAGACCGUCUCCUACGAGGGUCACCCCGAGCGUCGCCCAAGGGACCUGAUGGACAUCUUGGUCAAAAUGGGUGUCGGCGAAGCUGGCGUGGUGACCACCUUUCGCGAAAAUAUUGAGAACCACCGGGAGUUCACCGACGAGCAGGUGAUGGUGAUAUACAACGAAGCAAAAAUGACGCGCGAGAAGAAGGCUCGCGCGAAGGCCGGCAACCAGGGUGACUCAGCCGCUGCCGCCGCCGCUCCGUCGGGCGCCGCCGAUGAGGCGGAGAAGCCGCAGAAGAUCCUUCUUUCCUACCGCGGCAAGCAGCUUUCCUACAUAGGUUUGCCCAGCGGCAAGCGCAACGCCGUGCUGCAACUCCUCUCCAAGCAAGAGGAGCUCACCCGGGAGCUUGCAGUGGAGACGUUCCGCACGAACCUGCCCAGUGAUCCGUCCACGGAGGAGGAGAUUUGGAUCUUGGUGCAGGCAGUCAAAGAUCGCAAGAGUAGGAAGAGCCAAGCGAAGGGUCAGGAUGGCGAAAGGUCCCGCGGUAACGGUGCGACUGGGUCGCUUGGGGCAGGCAGCAGCGCCAUGGACAGCAUAACCGGUAUGUCCGAGAGGGAGCGCGACGACCUGAACAACUUCAUUCUUCAGGUGCUGCAGCAGCCGGCGCCGGAUGUGGCCGCCCUCUUACAUGAGAAUCCGAAACCGCGCAAAGACGAAGACAAUGCGGAGCUGGCACUGACAGCGCGCAUGUCGGGUAAGAUUCCGGUUUACCUGCAGGAAGAGAACACCAGCAGCACGAAGCUCAUCUACGCCACGCCCCACAUGAGCUUCGAAGAUUUUUCUACCAUUGUCGAGAAGAAGUGUGGCCGCAAGGUGUCGCUGUCCUUCUACGACGGUGACGACCUCAUCAUGAUGGAUGAUGACGACGUGCUGGCCAUGUUUCUCGAAAUGACGGUGCAGAACGACCCAAAGAAGGUGCGCCUCAUUUGCUCCAACCCUGGAGUCCCAAGGAAGGCGGCGAAUGACCGGAUGAUGGAAAACCGUCAAAAUACCCUCAGCGGUCCUCCGCAGGUCUCAACGACCAAGGCAUUGGCGUACUCGAACGGCGAGCUCAACGUCGCGGAGACUCGCACCUACUUUGGCCACUCUCUUGCCGUCUACUGCUGCUGCUUCUCGCCCAGGGGCGACAUGUUCGUUACGGCCAGUCGCGACCGCACCGUCCGCCUGUGGAACUUGCGCACCGGUGUCUCCACAGUCAUGAAAGGCGGGCACAACGGCUUUGUGCUGUCUUGCGACUACUCGCCAAAGGGCAACCGCGUCGCUUCCUCUUCUGAUGACCGCACUAUCAAACUGUGGAACACGUCGUCAUGCAACAAGGUUGCCACACUCAAAGGGCACGAGGACAAGGUAUACUGCGUCAAGUACAACUCUAGCGGAGAUCUCCUCGUGUCCGCCUCUUGCGACACCACAGUGCGCGUGUGGAACGCCGAAAGUCAGGCGAAGCUGGUGACGCUGAGGGGCCACACCCUCGCCGUUUUUUCGUGCGCCUUCAGCAACAGCGAUAAUGGAAAGUUCGUCGUCUCCGGCAGCGAUGACCGCGUUAUAAAGCUGUGGGACUGGGGCGCCGGCAGAGAGAUCCUGUCGCUGGUGGGUCACAUCGGCACCGUGUGGACGGUUGUCUUCUCCCACAACGACAGGUAUGUUCUCAGUGGCAGCAUGGACUAUGAGCUCAUUCUCUGGGAUUCAAUGACUGGCGCUCGCCUGCGCUCGAUGGACGGGCACAAGACAUCGGUACACCACGCCAUCUUCUCCGAGGACGACGCGUACAUCUUCUCCUGCGCCCGCGACUGGAGCGUCAUGGUGUGGCGCACCGAAGAUGGCGAGCAUGUAGAGACCAUCAUUGGUCACCUCAGCACUGUCUACCACAUGGACAUCAGCGAGGACAAGUUGCUCACCUGCUCUCUUGAUGACAAGAUCAAGCUGUGGAAUAUCAGGCGCCACUGA